AGAAAAAGGAAGAAAAUUGGCUUUUAGAUUGCAGUGUACUACUUCGUUGUGUCAUUUGAGGCUUGUAAGAUAAUAUAUGGAUUUCAAGGGUGCAACAGUCUGCAGUUUGGUGUCUCAAGCGUUAAUGUUUUAUAUUUAGCCCUGGAGAGCUAACGGUAAGUUAGUUUGCUAAGGGUAGCCCGCUAAACGGCAAGCUAGCUCAAGUAACGUUCGUUUGGAAGUUGGUCCAUGCUAACGUUAGCCUGCUCCCCAGCUCUUCUAACUGGGUUGUUUUGCCCAAACGUGUGGUUGGAGUUUUAAUCAUGAACUUUAGAGUUGACCUGCUGCAAACUAGUGUUAACUUAACCAGCGGCACGUGCAGCUGCAACGGUGUCUAGGCUCUAGUUUAACAGCAUCCAACUUUGUCGACAUUGAGCUCGCGGCAGCUGAUUAGCUGGGAUGUUGGGAUUUGAGCGAUUCUCAUCGGUGCCCACAUUCUGCUGCAGAGGAGAGAGCACCAGGAUGAGGAGACUGUAGGCACCCGCCGUAGUAUGGCCGCGUCCCGUUCCUCGCGCGUCACAAGGUCGUCAGUGGGGCUCAAUGGAUUGGAUGAGAACUUUUGUGGUCGAACCCUCAGGAACCGAAGCAUUGCCCAGCCGGAGGAGACCUCAGUGCCUCCACUACCAAGGGCCCGCUCGCCCAAAAAGAAGCAGGAGUCGAAGCAGGACGGCAAACAGGAAUCUAAGCAGGAGUCGAAACAGGACGGCAAGCAGGAGUCGAAACAGGACAGCAAGCAGGAGUCGAAACAGGACAGCAAGCAGGAGUCGAAACAGGACGGCAAGCAGGAGUCGAAACAGGACAGCAAGCAGGAGUCGAAACAGGACAGCAAGCAGGAGUCGAAACAGGACGGCAAGCAGGAGUCAAAGCAGGACACCAAACAAGAUGUUAAACAGGAGUCAAAGCAGGAUUCUAAACAGGACGCAAAGCUGGACGCCAAACAUGAUACAAAGCAGGACACUCAGCAGGAUGGCCAGCAGCAGGGCUCGUUGCAGGUGAAGGUAACUGACUCAAAUGUUUCUCCUGCUGAGGCAGAGCAGUGGACCAGCUCCAGGAAGCGGGGCGUGUCCUGUUUAGAAAAAGACAAUAGUCCUGAGAAUUCUGAGAAAUGUGAUAGAGGGAAGGGCGCACGGGAUGCCUGUCCUCAAAUCAAAAGGGCCAAACGGUGCUCCCGCUCUGGAGAGUCUCAGGGACACGAGGAGGACCCUGAACCUCUGAAACCUGAAAGUCCAGUCUCUGUCCCAGAGCCUAGCAAUGACAACAGUUGUGAAGAAUUUCCCAGCCAAAACUCUGCUAACACAACUCCUGCCUCACCUGUCCACAAUAAAGAUGAAGGUGAGCUGACAGGGGGGAAGGCAGAGGAUGGCCAUGUGGAGUGUGACGGGGCAGCUCAGCCCCCGAAUGCUCACAAGGCCUCUAAUGGACUCAGAGAGAAUAAAGCAGAGGAACCUAGCACACUAACUGAAGAGCCUAGUGCAAACCCCACCUCUGCCACCAACUGCCCGUCGCUGCUCAACGGUAGUCAGACGGGGGCUCCCUCAUCCCCUGACCCCACUGUGCCUUGUAGAAACUCUGUCCCUGUGCAGAUGGAGGUCUCUGGCUCAGGGGAAUCGCCAGCCUCAGCUGCUCCGCCAUUUGAGGCUGUUCCAGAGGAUCCUGUCCCUGAGUUGAUAGUGGCUAAGGAGCAGGAGGUGGAGGAGGUGGAGGUUGACGUGGUGGGUGACCCGUUGUGUCUGGCGCACGAGGAGCAGGUGACAGAGAGUGAGAAUGACACCAACGGCCGGCCGCCAACACCAGUGCAGGAAGCUGCUGCCUCCACCUCCUCCACUACCACCAACAUGAACAGUAGUCCAAUCAACAACAACAACAACAACAGCAACUCAGGAGAAACUACACCCCCACUAGCAACAACCCCCUCCCCCACAGAGCCAGGGUGCAACCCCUCAAUAUCCAGCACGCCCCCCUCUUUCACAGAGCUCUACGAACACAGAUACACCCUGCGGACUUCACCCAGGAGGGCUGCCACUGGUGGCAAGGCCUCCUCCAAGCUCAGCUCUCCCCCCAGAGACAAUGGUCCCUUGAGGGAAGAGGGGGAGGUGGUGAUUGGGCUGGAGGAGGACUGCCCUGUGGUGGAGGAACCUGCUCCCUCAGACUCUGUCGGCCCCUCCAGUGAGGAGCCAGUCUCCGUGGAUCCUGGAGACAGGGCAGGUGGUGAGGACAGUAUGACUGUGGAGGGCAAAGAGGCUGAGAAAAGCAUGGAGCUGACACAGAGCCAGGCAGCAGAGGAGGAGGAGGAAGAGGAGGAGCCAGACGUGUAUUACUUUGAGUCGGACCACCUAGCUCUUAAACACAACAAAGAUUAUCAGAGGCUGCUGCAGACCAUCGGUGUUCUCGAGGCCCAGCGCACGCAGGCCAUCCUGGACCUGGAGACGUUGGCGCGUCACCAGAGGGAGGCACUCAGCGAUCCCAUCAGCUUUGUGGAGCAGCUGCAGAAACGGGUUAAUUUGGGCUUGCCGUGUCCUCAGCGAGUCGUCCAGCUCCCUGAAAUUGGAUGGGAGCAGUACACCUCAGGCCUCGGGGACUUUGAGAGAGAGUUCUGUGACAAGAAACGCAAAACCAGGCGGCUAAAGCUGAUCUUUGACCAAGGUUUGCCUGCUCGACCAAAAAGUCCCGUGGAGCCUAAGAAGGAAGGCGAAUCCUCCACCAUGUACUCCUCUCUGCCCACUAGUGACGCUCCAGAGAAUGGCAGGCAAACGCAGAUGAUCAGAGGGAGGAUUUGUCACCCAAACAAGUCUGACACGUUUAACCAGCUGUGGACUGUGGAGGAACAGAAAAAAUUAGAGCAGCUUCUCGUUAAGUUCCCUCCUGAGGAAGUAGAGUCCAGAAGAUGGCAGAAGAUUGCAGAUGAGCUUGGCAAUCGAACAGCAAAACAGGUUGCCAGUAGGGUUCAAAAGUACUUCAUCAAACUGACAAAAGCUGGUAUCCCUGUCCCUGGAAGAACACCCAACCUGUGCAUGUACACUAAAAAGGCAUCCAGUAAGAGGCAGCACCACCUCAACAAGCACCUGUACCGGCCGUCUACUUUCCUGACCUCCUAUGAGCCUCCGGUCUACAUGGAUGAAGAUGACGAGCGUUCAGCGUACUACAGCAGCGUGCAGGACCCCUCUGCUGAUGACUCGGAUGAGGAGACUAUACCUGUGGAGCUGAGAAAUUUGCCAGAGUACAAAGAGCUUUUAGAGCUGAAGCGACUGAAAAAACAGGCGCUCCAGGAGAUCCAUGAGGACAAGGCUGGGGUGCGACAUGUAGGCUACAAGUGUGAUGUCUGUGGCAUGGAGCCCAUCCAGGGAGUGCGGUGGCACUGUCAGGACUGUCCUCAAGAUAACUCGGUAGAUUUCUGCUCCAACUGCUCUGACUGCUUGUUCAAGACAGAGACCCACAAGCCGAACCACCACCUAGAGCCAGUGCACCAGCCGGACACCUUUCUGGACAGGGACUACUGCCUGCCGCAGAGCACAGGCUACAACUACCUGGACCCUAACUACUUUCCAGCCAACAGAUGACAGGGUCCCAGGCGCCUCUAGCUCCAGGCUCUCUCCACAUAUCCCACAGGUCACUCUGUGCAUGGCUCCAUCCUCCAAGUCCAAGAUAACCGCUUAACCCGCCGCCAGGCAGGAAGGCCAGCAAGGCAGGUAGACAGCCAGGGGCCUCAAAGCAGACCACGGUGCUGCUGGUGGGGGGGGCUGUUGGUAAACUGGCCUCCCUGACUCAAGCGAAGGGCGGCCAUGUUGGUUCCUCAGAACAAGGGGGCCCUGCUCCACCUCAGCCAGGUUAAUCAAUGGAUCUGUGAUUUGAAACGAUACACUAUUUUUAAAAAAACAAACAAACAAACAGAAGGCACACCGACAUUCCCGAGCUCUGUGACUCCAGGAGGGCUGUCCCCUUUUCCCCUCAUCGCCCUCCAGUUUACCUCCCUGUGCUGCUUCGAAACUGGAGAAUUGACGAUCAGUGUGGUGAAGCGCCACCUAAUGGAGAUGUGUGGUCAUAGUGGACUGUGAAGUCAUCAACUGAGAUACACAUAGGUGGUUUGUAUGUGUGUAUGUGGUCUCCGUGUUAUGCAAGAGUGAAAAUGUUCUAGCUAGGUACCCGUAGAUUGAGUAUUUAUGAAUUGCAGCUUCUUCUGUGGGGAGUUGCUGCGAGAUAAGUUAGGCGGUGUGGAGCGUGACGCCGAGGUCGGUGUGUUUUCGGCUGCAGACCGUAGGAAGUUCUGCUAAUCCACAUGACGUUCUGCAGACAGACCUGGAUGUGUUAAACGGACUGUGCGCCAUGUUUCAGCAUGGAGCCAUCCCUACCACUGUCACACAACGCUGCUCUCUCACAUUUCAAACACACACACUGACAUACACUUUCAUCUCUAUUUCCUUUCCCUUUGCUCUCUCCACUAAAACAUGUCUAACAAGGAAGCACUACAGCACGGAGAGCAAAUGUUUUUGAAGGCAGGCGAAUGGGAACGUAUGGAAAAGACUGUUUUUGUUUUCAUUUUUUUCUCCUCCCCUAAUGUGUGCCGUUGUUGAUCAUGUUGAGUGUACAAGUAUAUGGUGAAAAGUAGCCAGCGCUAGUUGCUGUGUGCCAUUUUUAAAAAAGACAUUUGUUUUUUUUUUGGGAGGGGGAAUUCCACCUCUGAACCUGGCCACAACUUCUCCCUUUGUGCGUGGCGCCAUUGACCCACAUUGUCCUACAUUAUCAAUCCAGUCAUCAUGCCUCUAGAUCUUCUUUAAUUUUGCAGUCCACUUUAAAAGGUCCAUUUAAAAGAUUGUAUUUUUAUUAAUCUAUUUAAAAAAAAAAAAAAGAAUUGAGGUAGUGGUUGGUGCCUCCACAGUGGAACAACCCACACAAUUUUAUACACAUAGAUUUUGUUGUGCUUGAGUAGACACCAUUUUGUAUGGUUUUCGUCUCCUUCCCUCACCCCCUUUGCCCUGCUUCAAUAUCUGUGUAUAACAGUCUGUUCUUAUGUAAAAAAAAAAAAAAUAAUAAUAAUGUAAAAAAAAAUGCUAGAGGAGAACCGUGGAAAUAAAAGUAUGUGAAAAUAGUGUUUCUA